AUGAGUGCUCCUCCAGUCCAAUACGCUCUUCGCUCGCUCAAGCAGCUUGGUCUCGUCUCUGGGCCGCCUGCAUGGGAGCCAGUAGCAUCUUUCCAGAAGCCUGAGAACGCUGUCAAGGUGUUCCGGUAUUCUGACGACGGGCGUUACUUCGCAUCUGUGUCCAAUACCACUAUUCAGGUUCUUGACGCCUCAACAGCGGCCGUCGUGUCGGAAAUCGCAGCGAAGGGUAUCUUGGACAUUGCUUUCUCGCCGAAGGGCACCCAGAUCCAGUCAUGGGAGAGGCAGGUCAAGCCGGCUGAGGGCGAGCCGCCUCAUCGCAACUUGCGGGUGUGGGACUCGGUUUCCGGUCAGGAGCUGGCGUCAUUCUCGCAGAAGUCGAUGGACAACUGGGCGCUGCAAUACACGGCGGACGAGAGCAAGGCGGUGCGUUGCGUGACGAACGAGGUGCACGUCUACAAUCCUAGCAAUUGGGAGGCGGGUAUCGCCGACAAGGUCCGGCUGGAGGGCGUCACGAGCGGCGCACCCGCUUCGGUCAAAAUCCACGGUCUCAGCACUCUCAGCGUCGCAUCCGGCUCUAAGACGUUCUACAAGGCCGACAAAAUCCAGAUGAAGUGGAACAAGUCGGGCACGAACUUGCUCUUCCUCACUCAGACCGAAGUCGACAAGACCGGCAAGUCGUACUACGGCGAGACGAACCUCUACCUGAUGAACUCGGCGGGACAAUUCGACUGCCGCGUCACGCUCGACAAGGAGGGCGGUAUCCACGACUUUGCCUGGUCGCCCAAUGAUCGCGAGUUUGCCGUCACCUACGGAUACAUGCCCGCCAAGACGGUCAUCUUCGACCAGCGCGUCAAGGUCAUCUCCGACUUUGGCCUCAGCCCUCGCAACUUCAUCUCGUACAACCCGCAAGGCCGCCUCCUGUGCAUUGCCGGCUUUGGAAACCUUGCGGGCCAGAUCGACAUCUACGACCGCCAGACGCUCAAAAAGGUGACGACUUUCGAUGCGCCCAAUACGGUCCAUUGCGAGUGGAGCGCCGACGGUCGGUACCUCAUGUGCGCGACGCUUAGCCCGAGGUUGCGCGUCGACAACGGCAUCAAGAUGUACCACUUCACCGGCGGUCUCCUGCACGUCGAGCAGAUUGAGGAGCUUUACCAGGCUUCGUGGCGACCGGCGAACCCCGAAUGGUACCCGAUGAGCGGCCCUCUCGAGCCGGCACCGAAGGCUUCCAUCGCCGUCGCCGCCACGCCCGCUCCCAAGCCCGCAGCUGCCGGCGGAGCCUACCGUCCGCCUCACGCCCGUGGCACCCUCACCCCGACCGUCUACAAGCGCGAGGAUGAGGGAGGCGCGGCGUACUCCGGCUCGAACGGCGCCAACCUCUUCCCUCAUUCGCAGAGCGCGAACGGUGCGGGCUCGGGCGGCUUCGGCCAGCGCGGUCGUCGCAACAUUCCUGGCGCGCCUCCUGGAGCCGGGCAGGGAGAGGACCCGCUCGCGAACCGGCGCAAGAAGAAGGGCGGCAAGAAGGGCCAGCAAGCGGACGGCGCGUCUGCUUCAGACUCGGCACCCGGCAGCGGCGCAGCGACGCCUCAGCCCGCCGCACCGCCCGUCCCCGAGCCUGCACCCGAAGUUGCGCAGGAGGCAACGCUCUCGCCCGAGGACAAGAAGCGCCGCGCGAUCAUCAAAAAGCUCAACGCGAUCGAGCAGCUCAAGGUCAAGAAGGCUGCGGGCGAGAAGCUCGAGCUGACGCAGCACAAGAAGCUCGAGAACGAAGCCGAGUUGCGGAAGGAACUCGAGGCGCUCGGCGAGUCGAAGUAG